GCUGCCUUCCUGUGUAGCACAGCAUUUCCGUCAAAUUCGUCGCUUUAAGGCCAACAAACAUCAAGUCAUGGCUGAGCAGGAUAAUUACGAUGAUGAGUUGGUAUCCAGCAAUCCCAACCAGCGCAAUUGGCGCGGCAUUUUUAUAGCACUUUUGGUCAUCAUCAUUGUGUUGGCCUUGAUUGUUACCUCGGUGGUGCUGCUCACACCCCCCGAUGAGGGACCAAGGGUCAAGGGGCAACGCAUCAAGCUGCAGGACAUUGUCGAUGGUCUCUAUAUGCCACAGCGUGCCAAUGGCAGUUGGAUCGAUGCCGAGGAGUUUCUGUAUCAGGACCAUUUGGGUCGCAUCUGUCUACUAAAUGCAGGCAAUCGUUCCGAACGUGUCCUCAUGUCCAAUGUGACAUUUAAAACCCUGGCCCCAUUCACCUUUACCAUAUCGCCGGAUAAACGUUAUCUGCUAUUAGCCCAAAAUGUUGUCAAAUUAUUCCGCCAUUCCUAUUUGGCUCAAUAUACACUCUACGAUAUACAGACAAGCGAAAGCAUUAAAAUGCGCCAUAGCAUGCAUCAGGAUGAGUGGCCAUAUUUGCACUAUGCCCGAUUUGCAACGACUGGCAAUGCUCUAAUUUGGGUAUACAACUAUGACAUUUAUUAUAGACAGGAAGUACGUACUGCCAAUGUCUAUAGGAUCAGUCAUGAUGCGGUGCCGGGAAUUGUAUACAAUGGAAUACCCGAUUGGUUAUAUGAAGAGGAAAUAUUGCAUACAAAUAAUGCGAUUUGGAUAUCGAACGAUGGCCAUUUGCUGCUCUAUGCCAGCUUUAAUGAUACCCACGUACAGGAACAGCAUUUUGCUUGGUAUGGCACAACAGGGCCAUCGGGUGGAGCAGCUGCCGCUGCUGCAACUGCAGGAGGAAAUGCUGGUGGCACAACCUCCACCUCAUCGUCCUCAUCGAAUGGAAAUAAUCCGCAUUCCAACUUGUAUCCGGAAAUAAGAUCAUUACGUUACCCAAAACCUGGCACUCAGAAUCCCACAGUCACUUUACGUGUGGCCGACUUGGCAAAUCCUCAAAAGAUACAAAUCAAAGACUUGCGACCGCCAAAAAUCCUAGAAAACGAAGAUCACUAUUUUAGCAGUGCCAGCUGGGUGAGUAGCACUGAGAUCGCUGUGGUGUGGCUUAAUCGACCGCAAAAUAUUUCCGUGGUCAGUGUGUGCAAAAGUCCUUCGUUCGUGUGCAUUGAGACCCAUCGGGUGAGCGGUGAUGGACGUGGUUGGGUGGACACUGUAUCUGUGCCGUUGUUUGCCUCCAAUGGCAGUUUGUAUGUGGCCAUUUCGCCAUUACGCGAUGGUUCGUUUGGCUAUUUCCGGCACAUUGUGCACGUGGACAUUGACAAUAAUCGGGUUCUGCCCCUUACCCAUGGCCCCUACGAGGUGAAUCGUUUGCUGCACUGGGAUCAAGUGGAUAAUUGGAUCUACUUUCUGGGUACACCCGAACGUUUGCCCUCCCAGCAGCAUCUUUAUCGGGUGUCUGCAUUGCCAGCCCGCCAAGGUCAGGCCUUGCAUAAGCCCGAUUGUAUGACAUGUCCAGCUCAAAUGGAACGAAACGACGGCUAUGAAGAGGGACAUACGAAAUCACCACCAAAAUUGGUAACAGCCUGGGAUGAUGAUUGGGAGGAUUCGGAAGAGACGGAUUCUCUGCCGCCUCCGCCACCUUUACCCGUGGAACAAAAUCCACGACCUGGUGGGCGUGGAAGUAGCUCACCCCUACCACCUCCACCCAGUGAUUGUCUCUAUCAUGAAGCACAAUUUCCCCUCUCCCAGCAGGCUCGUUUUGUCCUCAUAGAUUGCUUGGGUCCGGUAGUACCGAAUUCCAUUAUGUAUGCCCUCAAGGCGACUGCAACGGGUCCCAUGGCCAAGAGACAGCAACAGAGUCAGAGUCAGGAGCAACAGCAGGAAGAACCACCAACGGAAGCACCAAUUGAACCAAAAUCAGAGUUUCUAGAUCUCUUGUUUACCGUGCAGAAUAAUACGCGACUCAAGGAGAAAUUGGCUAAGACGGCAUUGCCGCAAGUGAAAACCUUUCCAGUCAUGAUCUCAGGUGGCUACCACGCCCAAGUCCGCCUCUAUUUACCGCCUGUCCUGCGUGAAGAUGAGAUAACUCGUUAUCCCACCAUUCUUCAUGUAUAUUCGGGUCCAGGCACUCAAUUGGUCACCGAUCGUUGGCAUGUCGAUUGGAAUACGUAUUUGGCUGGCAGCAAGGAUUACAUAGUCAUUGAAAUCGAUGGCCGUGGCUCAUCUGGUCAGGGUUAUCAACUUCUGCAUGAGGUCUACAAACGUCUGGGCAGUGUGGAAGUGUCCGAUCAAUUGGAGGUCAGCGAGUACUUACGGGAUAAUCUACACUUUAUUGAUUCCCGUCGCAUGGGUGUCUGGGGUUGGAGUUAUGGUGGCUACACAGCCGCCUUGGCCCUGGCCGGACAACAAUCGAUCUUUCAGUGUGGUAUCAGCGUAUCACCAGUGACCAAUUGGAAACUCUAUGAUUCCACCUAUGCGGAGCGCUAUUUGAGUUUCCCGAAUGUAACCGAUAAUUACAAGGGUUAUGACGAGAGUGAUCUAUCCAAAUAUGUGGACAAUCUGCGAGAUCGUCAAUUCCUUUUGGUACAUGGCACUGCGGACGAUAAUGUCCAUGUGCAGCAGUCAAUGGUUCUAGCUAGAUCAUUGACCAGCAAAGGUGUCCUCUAUAAACAGCAAAUCUAUCCUGAUGAGGGACACAGCUUAUCAGGUGUCAAACGACAUUUAUAUCGCUCAAUGACCGCUUUCUUUGAUGAUUGUUUCAAAAAAUUGGUGCCGCCGGAGUCAAAAGCUGGACUGGGCAAUGGCGGCGAUAUGCAACAGCAAUAAAAACAUUUCAAAUGAAAAUGAGAAAAAUAAAAUACAAAAACAAAAAUUCACAGAAAUUUCGAUAAAAGCAAACGUAAAUGUUUACGUAAAUUGCAUUAAAUGUAAUUUAUCAUAAAACACCUUUACACCGACAAACAACACUCACACCCACACACACACACACACAUGGACUCACACACACACACGCAACCGUUUAAAUGGCCAAAAUGGCAUUUUGUGUAAAAUUAAUAAGCAAACGAAAAAAAAAAAGAAAUACAAAUUCAACUUGGUUGUGAAUACAGAACUCACGCACUCACACAAACAAACAAAUACACACACACACACAACACUCAGAAAGUAACACGCACAAAAGUAUGCCAUAAAAAUUUACACAACCAGCAGAACACUUUUUUUAUACUCUCGCAUAAAUGGGUAUAUUAAGUUGAGCUAAAAGUUUGCAAUGCAGAGACGGAAUAAAUAAUAAAUAUAUAUAUACUAUAUAUAUUUUUGAUCGGUAGAGAGACGCGACUAUUGAUAUAUGUAGUCAUAAAUUUAAAAAAUGUAAUGGUUUUUAUUUUUCUGUAAGCACAAUCAUAAGAGAGUAUAGGGACUAUAUCACAGA